AUGGGCCCUAAAGCGUCAAUUUUCGUACCGCUCUACGUCUACCCUGCACCGGGAGCAUGGGAUCCCUUAGAGAAGGUGAUCUCUUCUCAUCCCGAUGUCAACUUCACCGUCGUGGUCAAUCCUGGUAGUGGUCCAGGGCCCAACGCCUUGCCCGAUGGCAAUUACACACGAGAGAUACCCAAGCUGGCAUCUUAUGGCAAUGUGCGCCUCCUGGGCUAUGUUGCUACCACGUACGCGCAGCGCAACUUCUCGUUGGUGCGGCGGGACAUUGAGACCUAUGCGGCGUGGCCGACCAACAGUUCGAACCCCAAUCUAGCGGUUCGGGGUAUAUUUUUCGACGAAACCCCCCAGCAAUACGAAAACAAUACCUUGGCCUACCUCCAAGAUCUGACUGCUGUCGUGAGGACGACCGCCGGCCUGGGUCCGGACCAUUAUGUCGUCCACAAUCCCGGCACGAUUCCUGAUGCCCGCUACUUGCCGACGGCUGAUUCGACUGUGGUCUUUGAGGCAACCUACGAGACGUUCUUGGAGCGUCAAGGGGCUAAGCUGUUUAAGGAGAUCCCGAAUUGUACUCGCAGCCAGCUGUGCGCCGUGGUCCACUCGGUGCCGGACAGCGUGGAAGGGCACAAAUUCCGAGACCUGGUGAAGCAAGUGCGCAAGGUCGCAGAUGAGAUUUUCAUCACUCAUCUGGAUACAGAUUAUUAUGCGAGCUUUGGAAGCCAAUGGGAGGAAUUUGUGGAACUAAUGGCACGAUCGUGA